AUGACCGAUAAAUCCAUCAACGUGGCCAAGUCCCCCAAAGUCGUGGUGUUCGAUCUAGAGAUCGACACACAUAUCACUCCCAAGCUGACUCGGAAGGGAGAUACGGUCAACGAGCUUGUGGACCGACAUGGAACGAAAUUGAGCUUUUACGACGAAGUACCCGAUAUCCUGCAGACACUGAAGGAUACCAACAUCCACGUCGCAGCGGCAUCAAGAACAUGUGCUCCAGAUCUAGCAAGGGAAGCUCUGCGGUUAUUGCUGAUGCCAAACGGAGAAAAGGCGAUUACAUACUUCGAUACAAUGGAGAUCUACCCAGGAUCGAAAAUCAAGCAUUUUAAAGAAAUCCACAAGAAGACCGGGAUCCCCUACUCAGAGAUGUUGUUCUUUGAUGACGAGGCACGAAACAAGGAAACGGAAAGCUUGGGGGUGACGAUGAUGCUAGUCACCCACGGAGUAGAUAAGGCCACAUAUAACAAGGGUGUUAAGAAGUGGAGGGAGAGGAACGGGCACGCUUAG